CCCAGGUUUGUCCUUUUCUCGGCUUCCGUAGACGAAGUCAGCCGGACCUUCGCCUGGGGUUGCGGUGCCCCCCCCUUCCCUGGGGUUCGGGGGUGACAUUGCACCGCGCCCCUUGUGGGGGUCGCGCCGCCACCCCCACACGAACUCCUUAACUGGCGCACACCUUUCGUCUGCCUCCCUUGGCCGGGGUUCCAACCCUUUCCCCAGCUGCCCCGCCAUGGGAGCUGCAGUGUUUUUCGGAUGCACUUUCGUCGCGUUUGGCCCAGCCUUUGCGCUGUUCUUGAUCACGGUGGCUGGGGACCCCCUUCGCGUUAUCAUCUUGGUCGCGGGGGCAUUUUUCUGGCUGGUAUCCCUGCUUCUGGCUUCUGUAGUCUGGUUCAUCUUGGUCCAUGUGACAGACCGGUCCGAUGCCCGGCUCCAGUAUGGCCUCCUGAUUUUUGGUGCUGCUGUGUCUGUCCUUCUACAGGAGGUGUUCCGCUUUGCCUACUACAAGCUGCUUAAGAAGGCAGAUGAGGGGUUAGCAUCGCUGAGUGAGGACGGAAGAUCACCCAUCUCCAUCCGACAGAUGGCCUAUGUUUCUGGUCUCUCCUUCGGUAUCAUCAGUGGUGUCUUCUCUGUUAUCAAUAUUUUGGCCGAUGCACUUGGGCCAGGUGUGGUUGGGAUCCAUGGAGACUCACCCUAUUACUUCCUGACUUCAGCCUUUCUGACAGCAGCCAUUAUCCUGCUCCAUACCUUUUGGGGAGUUGUGUUCUUUGAUGCCUGUGAGAGGAGACGGUACUGGGCUUUGGGCCUGGUGGUUGGGAGUCACCUACUGACAUCAGGACUGACAUUCUUGAACCCAUGGUAUGAAGCCAGCCUGCUGCCCAUCUAUGCAGUCACUGUUUCCAUGGGACUCUGGGCCUUCAUCACAGCGGGAGGGUCCCUCCGAAGUAUCCAGCGCAGCCUCUCGUGCCGCCGGCAGGAGGACAGUCGGGUGAUGGUGUAUUCUGCCCUGCGCAUCCCACCCGAGGACUGAGGGAACCUGGGGGGGACCCCUGGGCCUGGGGUGCCCUCCUCCUCGCCCUGUAUUUCUCCAUCUCCAGUUCGGGACAGUGCAGGUUGCCAAGAAAAGGGACCUAGUUUAGCCAUUGUCCUGGAGAUGAAAUGAACGGAAGCUCAUGGGUAGAUGAACUCUGAGUUUUCCAGUUCCCUCUCCCCAAAUGGGAUGUCCUGGUCUUUUUCUCAGGUCUGAAGGAAACCAGUUCUGGUAUGAUAAAGACCUCAACUGCCUUUUAUUUUUUAAGUGGGGGGAGGAGGUAUGCUGAAACUCUUCUAACCUCCUUGGGCUAUAUUUUCCCUCCUUAUAUUGUUCCUCAUGGCUGGGCUUAUUUCUAUCCCUUUUCCUCUCAGUCCCAGGCCCUGGGAGGAAGGAAGGAAGUGCAUGUUUGGGAACUGGUAUUACUGGAAGUAAUGGUUGUAACCUCCUUGACCACCAGCGUCCCUUCUCUCCCCAAGGUGAAGUGGAGGGUGCUGGGGGAGCUGGCCCACUCCACAGCCCCGGUGCCCCUGGAGGGGUCAGGCUGCUGUGGCAUCACAGGGAAGGAGGGCAGAUUUUUUCUAGUUUUUAAUUGGGGUGGGGUGGGGGGCUAGGGAGGUUUUCUAUAAACUGUGUCAUUUUGCCAGGGUGGAGUGUCCCAUCCUUUUAAUCAAGGUGAUUGUGAUUUUGACUAAUAAAACGGACUUUAUAA